GGGUUUGUCUUUUUCUCUACUUACACCAUUUUCACUCAUUUUCCACCUUCUUCUCUUUCCUCCUCAUUUUCUCGCAUUUUCAGCUUCAUUUUCUCGGGAAAAAACAUGGUGAAGGGUCCAGGUCUCUACUCCGAUAUCGGCAAAAGAGCUCGAGAUCUUCUGUUCAAAGAUUAUCAGAAUGACCACAAGUUCACUGUCACAACUCAAACUUUAUCUGGAGUGGAAAUCACUUCAAGUGGAGUCAGGAAGGGUGAGAUAUUUUUGGCUGAUGUCAGCACUAAGGUGAAGAACAAGAACAUCACCACCGAUAUCAAAGUAGACACGAACUCAAAUCUACUCACAACAAUUACUGUGGAUGAACCUGCACCCGGACUCAAGACAAUUUUUAGCUUCAUUUUUCCAGAUCAAAAUUCUGCCAAGGUGGAACUACAGUACCAGCAUGAGUAUGUUGGGAUCAAUACUAGUAUUGGGUUGACAGCAAGUCCCAUUGUUAAUUUCUCUAGCGUGAUUGGAAAUAAUUUGGUUUCCGUCGGUUCAGAUGUUUCCUUUGAUACUGCCUCUGGCAACUUUAUCAAAUACAAUGCAGGGUUGAAUGUUACUCAUGCUGACCUUAUUGCAUCUCUAACUAUCAAUGAUAAAGGUGACACCCUUAAUGCUUCGUAUUACCAUGUUGUAAGCCCACUGACUAACACUGCUGUUGGGGCGGAGCUUUCACGUAGCUUUUCCAGCAACGAGAAUUUACUCACUAUCGGCACACAACAUGCUCUUGACCCCAUAACCUUGUUGAAAGCUCGGGUGAACAAUUACGGAAGGGCAAGUGCUCUGAUCCAGCAUGACUGGAAUCCAAGAACACGUAUCUCUCUCGUUGGGGAAGUUGAUACCGUGGCCAUUCAAAAGAGUGCAAAGGUUGGUCUUGCGUUGGCCUUGAAGCCUUAAACGUGGUGAUCUUGUUAUUGAUAGCUGUUUGUCGGGUGAUGUAGGCAAUAAGUUUAGUGGUAGGGUUUCACUUUCCCAUUGAACCUUUGGACCUUCAUUUUGGAACUGUUAAUUUCUUAAUGUAAUGGUUGGUUCAGGGUGAAAAAUCAAUAAGCACAGGACAAUUUUCAAAUUUGUAGUUAUUCAACAAAUCCACCUGAACCUCAUUAAUUUAGAUGCACCUUUGAGUAAGUUUUUGAACAUGGAAGGUGAUAGUCAUCAAUAUGAAUGUGGAUGAGUGUAUAUCGAAGCUCUGAUUUAUGGUAUUUCCUUUUAUAAUA